AAAGCAAAAUCUCAUCGAACUAACUAAUCUCACUAUCAAUGGCAGAUGCAGGUUGCAGGUAUGCAUUAGUUACCGGUGGGAACAAAGGAAUCGGAUUGGAGAUCUGUAAGCAGUUAGCUUCCAAAGAAAUUAAGGUGAUUUUAACUUCAAGGGAUGAGAAGAGAGGCCUUGAAGCACUGCAAACCCUCAACCACUCCGGCCAUGUGGAUUUUCUUCAACUCAAUGUUGUCGACACUGCAAGCAUCGCUGCUGCUGCCCAAUUCGUCACCACAAAAUAUGGGAGGCUUGACAUUCUGGUGAAUAAUGCAGGAAUAAUAGGAGCAGGAGUGGAGGGAGAUGUUUCAAUUCUUCAAGAGCUAGUAGAAGCAAAUACUGCUACAGUCUUUGCUAACUCAGAGGUUGAGACUCCACCGCAGCUGAAAGCAAAAGGAACUAUGAUUCAGACAUACGAGGCUGGAGAAAAGUGCAUAAAAACAAACUACUACGGUGUAAAGAGAGUGACAGAAGCCCUCAUUCCUCUCCUCAAACUAUCUGCUUCACCAACUAUCGUCAAUGUCUCCUCCAUCUUAGGCCACCUUCGCCUCUUGCAGAACGAGCGCGCAAAAGCCGUGCUGGGCAACGAGGCGGGCCUGACGGAAGAGAGCGUGGAUGAGGUGGUGCGAGAGUUCCUCAGCGACUUCAAAGAGGGGAGAUUGGAGGAGAGCAAGUGGCCGAGUCAUGGUGCGGCGUAUAAAGUGUCUAAAGCGGCUUUAAAUGGAUAUACGAAAGUGUUGGCUAAGAAGCACACGGAUUUCAUCAUCAACAGCCUCUGCCCUGGCUUUGCAAGAACGGAUUUAACCGGCAAUCUCGGCGCCAUCAGCGCCGAGGAUGCUGCUCAGAGGGUGGUUAAGGUGGCGCUGCUGCCUCGUGGUGGGCCAUCGGGCGCCUUCUUUUAUGACGAGGAUGUGUAUGGUGUUGCUACUUGAUGGACAGUGACUGUGGUGUGUGUGUGUGGAAGACUUGGCAUCACCAUUAUAGUAAAGGAUGCAAAUGCCUCUCCCUGUAAUAAAAACUACUAUUACAUGCUUAUGUUCAAGAAUCAAAAUAUUACUCCGUAUUAAGUUGGUCUUUAGUAUUGGAUCCAAGCAUGUACUAUUUUCUACA